CGAGGCAUCGCGUGCGGCAGUGUUGCGGCCACACUCCACCGACCUACAUUUUAUGCGGCGCGGCAGCAUACUCAUUAUUUACUAGCCUCAGCAAACACACGCACUGCCCACCCCUCAAACUAUUUACCCUUCUUUCUUAUUCAUUCCUUAUUACGCUACGCAUCCCCGGAUGAAUGAGGAGGUUCGCUCAGCUACCUGCGAAAACACUACAAAAAACAUGCAAAAACCAUUGAAACGAACAAAAACGAGACCUCUCGACGGGACCUGGUCCGGAGCCGUCGACGUUGGUGUCUGCAUUUCGGAAACAAAACACAAUAGAAAGAGUCGCGUGCGAACGCGACACAGGGAUACGGGCGGCAGGUGGAGAGAGAGAGCUGGCACGAGGGCCGACGUAAACAAACCGCGAGCUGGGAGCUUCGACCGCACUCACCAUUUCGGGGAUCUUCGGAUCCGUUGCUGGUCGGUGCGGCCGCAGCGGCCCACGUAG